GGAAAAGUUAACAAAUAUUUGCAAAAAUUUCCCUCGACUAAUUUAGCUUCGACUAUCCCUCGUUAUUGACUCAGGUGUAAUUUGCGCAUGCGCAGUCCUGUUGUAGCUACUCGCGCCUUUAGAACUCGAGUAGUCUUGCGUCAUAGUUGUGUGAUCUACGCGGAUGUUUGGUGAUCUUGAUUUUAUUAAAAUUUUUCUUUAUUUUUAUUACAAAGGAAAUCUCCGAAUUUCAUUGGUCGUUAAUUCGAGCUGUGUAAGACAGAUAGAACGAAUUUUAUCUCUUACUUUGUACAAUCUCUAUUUUCUUUACAAGUUUAUUCUUUAGUGCAUUAUUUGAUAUUAAAAAAAAAAAAAGAAGAAAAAGUAAGAAAGAAAAUUGGUAACAAAAUUGUGUUUGAUGACGACGAUGAUCAGCUAACGAUAUCAAGAAAAGAAAAAAGUCCAAGGAAAAAGAAAAAAAAGAUUGUAUUCGUUACGAGGAACAAAAAUCAUGCACGGUUUCGAACUGAUAUCGCAAGGUGCCGAAGCGUGUCUCUACAAAGGGAUAUACUUAGGUAAACCUACAAUAGUUAAAGAGAGAUUCGUUAAAGGUUAUAGACAUCCAGAUUUAGAUAAACGUUUAACAAAAGAUAGAAUAAAGGCUGAGGCACGGGCUAUCGUUCGUGCUAAAUCUGCAGGCGUACCGACACCUGCGUUAUAUCUGAUCGAUUUGGAUCGCCGUAGCAUCUAUAUGGAGCAUAUGGAAAAUACAAUAGUUUUAAAAAAUUAUAUCGAUGAAAAUGUAUCAGAUAAAGUUAAUGUAGAACAUAUAGUUAAGUUUAUAGGAAAAGGAUUAGGAUUAGUUAUUGCUAAGUUGCACUCAAAAAAUAUAGUCCAUGGAGAUUUGACAACAUCAAAUGUUCUUUUAAAAAAUAUUUCAGAUGGAACAUGGACUGAGGAUGAAGCUUUAAACCAUUUUGUUAUGAUUGAUUUUGGAUUGGCACGAAUUGAUUCCACUGUGGAAGAUAAAGCAGUUGAUAUAUACGUUCUUGAAAGAUCUUUGCUUAGUGCUCAUUCAGAAGUAUCCACUCUUUUUCCACUGAUUUAUGAAAGCUAUCAAAAACAUUAUGCGAAUAAAGCUCAAUGCAAAGAGAUAGUUAAUAAAUAUGAAGAAGUACGAGCUCGCGGACGCAAACGAUUGAUGAUUGGGUGAUCAUUAAUGGAAUUGUUUUUAAUAAAGACGAGUUGUUUGUUAAA